AUGUUUUUGCUCGAGCCUAUCACCUGCCAUGCCUGGAAUCGGGAUCGCACCCAGAUUUCCCUGAGCCCCAAUAAUCAUGAAGUCCACAUCUACAAGAAGAAUGGGAGCCAGUGGGUGAAAGCUCAUGAGCUCAAGGAACACAACGGACACAUCACAGGCAUUGACCGGGCACCCAAGAGCGACCACAUCGUCACCUGUGGGGCAGACCCCUCCAAAAGCGUGCAGGUCUCCACUCUGAAGACGGAGUUCCUGCCCCUCCUGAGCGUAUCAUUUGUGUCGGAGAACAGCGUCGUGGCUGCUGGUCAUGACUGCUGCCCAAUGCUCUUCAACUAUGACGACCGUGGCUGCUUGACCUUCGUCUCCAAACUGGACAUUCUGAAACAGAGCAUCCAGCGCAACAUGUCGGCCAUGAAACGCUUCCGCAACAUGGACAAGCGGGCCACCACCGAGGACCGCAACACGGCUUUGGAGACGCUGCACCAGAAUAGCAUCACUCAGGUGUCCAUUUAUGAGGUGGACAAGCAAGACUGUCGUAAAUUCUGCACCACUGGCAUCGAUGGAGCCAUGACAAUUUGGGAUUUCAAGACCUUGGAGUCUUCCAUCCAGGGCCUCCGAAUAAUGUGA